CCGGCUCCCCCGGCUCCUGCUCAUCCACCGGCUCCUAUUCCCCCGCCGGCUCCCCCGUCUCCUGCUCCUCCGCCGGCUCCUGCUCCCCCGCCGGCCGUCAACCCUCCGCCGGCUCCCCCGGCUCCUGCUCCUCCGCCGGCUGCCGACCUGCUGCCGGCUCCCAUUCCUCCGCCGGCUCCCCUGUCUCCUAUUCCUCCGCCGGCUCCCCCGGCUCCUACUCCUCCGCCGGCUCUUCCGCCGGCUCCGGACCCUCCGCCGGCUCCCCCGGCUCCUGCUCCUCCGCCGGCUGCCGACCUGCCGCCGGCUCCUAUUCCUCCGCCGGCUCCCCCGUCUCCUACUCCUCCGCCGGCUCUUCCGCAGGCUCCUGACCCUCCGCCGGCUCCCCCGUUUCCUAUUCCUCCGCCGGCUCCCCCGGCUCCUACUCCUCCGCCGGCUCCCCCGGCUCCUACUCCUCCGCCGGCUCCUCCACCGGCUCCUAUUCCCCCGCCGGCUCCCCCGGCUCCUGCUCCUCCACCGGCUCCUAUUCCCCCGCCGGCUCCCCCGUCUCCUGCUCCUCCGCCGGCUCCUACUCCUCCGCCGGCUCUUCCGCCGGCUCCUGACCCUCCGCCGGUUUCCCCAUCUCCUGCUCCUCCGCCGGCUCUUCCGCCGGCUCCGGACCCUCCGCCGGCUCCCCCGGCUCCUGCUCCUCCACCGGCUCCUAUUCCCCCGCCGGCUCCCUCGUCUCCUGCUCCUCCGCCGGCUCCUACUCCUCCGCCGGCUCUUCCGCCGGCUCCUGACCCUCCGCCGGUUUCCCCAUCUCCUGCUCCUCCGCCGGCUCUUCCGCCGGCUCCUGACCCUCCGCCGGUUUCCCCAUCUCCUGCUCCUCCGCCGGCUCUUCCGCCGGCUCCUGACCCUCCGCCGGUUUCCCCAUCUCCUGCUCCUCCGCCGGCUCUUCCGCCGGCUCCUGACCCUCCGCCGGUUUCCCCAUCUCCUGCUCCUCCGCCGGCUCUUCCGCCGGCUCCGGACCCUCCGCCGCCUCCCCCGGCUCCUGCUCCUCCGCCGGCUCCUAUUCCCCCGCCGGCUCCCCCGGCUCCUGCUCCUCCG